AUGGUCAGAGGGCAGCGAUAUCCCAAAAAGAAGAAAGCCGCACUUAAUAUUUUACCAGAGAGCUAUACAUUGGAGUAUGUGUGCCUGGGCCAUGUUAAUAAAGAGUCACUUUCAAAGCUACUCACACCUUCAGCUUCCAAACAGGAACGUGUGCGUUUGGAUGGACACCCAUGGGAGAUGCAGGGAGGGCAGGGAAGCCCCAGUUCUGUGCUUUCUGGAAAUCACAACAGCUGCCACUGGGGCUUGGCCCUCUCUGUGGGAAGCAAGUAUGUGUAUCAGCCUAUGACCCCUGUGGAGCAGCUUCCAAGCACUGAGAUUCCUGCAAAGCCUCGGGAACCCACGAACACCAUUCAGAUCUCAGUCUCACUCACUGAACACUUUUUGAAAUUUGCAUCUGUCUUCCAACCACCCCUCCCCCCUGAUUCACCAAGGUACUGUAUGAUCUCAGACCUCUUUAUCGACAACUAUCAGGUUAAAUGUAUUAAUGGGAAGAUGUGUUACGUGCAGAAGCAGCCGGCGCCACAUUCCCACAAAAUGAGCCCUGAGGAGGUCUCUGCACAUGAUGCCUUAAUUUCAAGAGAGAGCAGUACACCAAAAAUAGAUCACUGCUCUUCUCCCUCAAGUUCUGAGGACUCCGGGAUCAAUGCCAUUGGGGCUCACUAUGUGGAAUCAUGUGAUGAGGACACAGAAGAAGGAGCAGAACUGAGUUCAGAGGAAGAUUACAGUCCGGAGAGCAGCUGGGAACCGGAUGAGUGCACCCUUCUCUCCCCUUCACAGUCAGAUCUGGAAGUGAUUGAAACAAUAGAAACCACCGUGUGAAAGUCCAAGCAGGAAGCCAUGGCCUCUGAUCCAUGCUGAGC